CUUUAAAUCAUAUGUAUUGCCUAAAUAGUUUUUAAACAGUGUCAGAAGGAAACUGAAAGUGAAAAUCUCACUAAGGUUUAAAGGCUGCUUCAAGAGCAGAGGACCUGACGCUGUCCUAUUGUCUACAUGGCUUCGUCACUCCAAGAGCCCAAGCCUGGAGACCUGAUUGAGAUUUUUCGUGUUGGCUACGAGCACUGGGCCAUCUAUAUAGGAGGUGGCUAUGUGAUCCAUCUGGCUCCUCCAAGUGAGUACGCCGGGGCUGGCUCCUCCAGCCUCUUCUCAGUUCUGAGCAGCAGGGCGGUGGUGAAACAGGAGCGCCUGAAGGAUGUGGUAGGGAACUGCGACUACCAGAUCAACAACUACUUGGACCACCGGUACAGACCAAGGCCUGUGGAGGAGAUCAUCAGUUCUGCGAAGGAGAAGGUUGGUGAGGAGAUGGAGUACAGUGUUGUGGGCAAAAACUGUGAGCACUUUGUCACCGACCUCAGAUACGGCACACCAUGCAGCAGACAGGUGCAAGUGGCCCUGAUUGGAGGAGGUGCAGCUAUGGCACUUGGAUUUCUGACUGUGGUUGGAUCCUCAGUUUUGAACAGGAGACGCCAAAACCAGUGACAGCCAGGAGCAACCACAAAAUCCGGUGUGAGAAGCAGCUGUGGAGGCCCCACAGAGGAUUUGACCCUCACUCGCUUUCUUGUUCGUCCCUCUUUUUCUUUCCCUCUCACUACUUGCUAAAAUAAAAACUUUAGAGAAAUUAAA